AUGGGGCCCCGCUCCGCCGGCGCGCUCGUCCUGCUCCUGCUGCUCGUCGCCUGCCCCGAGUCGCGGGCUUCCCAGAAGUGCUUCAACAAGCAGCAGCUCCUCACUGCCAUCCGCCAGCUGCAGCAGCUGCUGAGGGGCCAGGAGACCCGCUUCGCCCAGGGCAUCCGCAACAUGAAGAGCCGGCUGGCGGCGCUGCAGAACUCUGUGAGCAAAGCGGUCUCAGACGCGCCCCCAGUUCCCUGCCCUGCUCUGAAUGCUCCGCCGGAUGGCAGAAAGUUUGGAAGCAAGUACUUGGUGGAUCACGAAGUCCAUUUUACCUGCAACCCUGGAUUCUGGCUGGUUGGGCCCAGCAGUGUGGUGUGCCUGCCCAAUGGCACCUGGUCCGGGGAGCCGCCCCGCUGUAAAGACAUCAGCGAGUGCUCCAGCCAGCCUUGUCAACAUGGUGGGACGUGUGUCGAAGGAGGCAGCCAGUACAAGUGCAUCUGUCCACCGGGAAGGACCGGGAGCCACUGUCAGCAUCAGACCCAGACUGCCGCCCCUGAGGGCCGCGUGGCCGGCGACCCCGCCUUCAGCCGCGCGCCGCGCUGUGCGCAGGUGGAGCGGGCGCAGCACUGCAGCUGCGAAGCCGGAUUCCACCUGAGCGCCGCGGCCGCCGCCCACAGCGUCUGCCAGGAUGUGGAUGAGUGUGAGCUCUACAAGCAGGAGGGACGUCCGAAGCUCUGCAUGCACGCCUGCAUCAACACCCCGGGCUCCUACCACUGCGUCUGCCCCAGCGGGUACCAUAUCCUGGCUGACGGGCAGAGCUGUGAGGAUGUCGAUGAGUGUGUGACUUCACAGCACAUGUGUCCCCAGGGGACUAUAUGCAUCAACACUGGGGGAAGCUUCCAAUGUGUCAACCCAGAGUGUCCUGAGGGCAACAGCAAUGGCAGCUAUGUGAAGACAUCCCCAUUCCAAUGUGAGAGAAACCCCUGCCCUAUGGACAGCAGACCCUGCCGCCAUUUGCCCAAGACCAUCUCCUUCCACUACCUGUCCCUGCCCUCCAACCUGAAGACGCCCAUCACGCUCUUCCGCAUGGCCACGGCCUCACCACCCGGCUGGCCCGGGCCCAGCAGCCUGCGGUUUGGAAUCGUGGGUGGCAACAGCCACGGCCACUUUGUGAUGCAGCGCUCAGACCGACAGACGGGGGAGCUGAUCCUCGUGCAAACCCUGGAGGGGCCUCAGACGCUGGAGGUGGAUGUUGACAUGUCAGAAUACCAGGACCGCACCUUUCAGGCUAACCAUGUCUCCAAGGUCACCAUCUUUGUGUCCCCCUAUAACUUCUAGGGUGUCCCUGGAGCACCGGGGGCAGGGCUAGAGCUCUAUGCUUAUUUCUCUUCCCCCAAAACUGCUGUGGGCACCGGCUGUGGCUGACAUCUCUCCUCUCCUGGCCCUGCACCUGCCGAGGUGUCCCAGGACAUUGUGUACCGCCACAGAAAGGCCACAGCUCCCCCAAACUGCUGUCACCAUAGUUUCUUUCACUUUCUCAAAGCUUUUUCUCAGGGGAUGGGCAGCUUUCCAAAAUGCUGUGGGAAUGGCCUUACGCGUUAGGGCUUGGGGCGUGUGUGGGAGAGGGCCCGCAUGCCUCCUGCAAAGCACUGCUGCCCUCCAACAUGGUCUGGAAAUGGCUGUGGUUCUGCCAAGGGCACAGCAUCCCCACCCCCACCCCCAUGCAGGUGGUGGAGCCUGUGGAGUUCCUCCCGUGGCCCAGCCCAUUCUUGACUGCGUGCUUUCUCUCUCUCCUCGGAGUCACGUGAGGGUCUGGAGCCCCCACCGAGUCUCCCAAACCAAGGAAUCUACACUCACGUGAGUUCUGCCCAAAGCACUUCCCUUUGAAGAAAUCCUAUCUCAAGUCAGAGCCUGGUAUUGUAACUGAAGAAAUAGUCGAUUCCACCUCCCUGCCCACCUGGCCUCCCCCUGCGCACCAGACCCUCCCCUGCCUCCUAGGAGGGGCUAGCUGGCUCUUCUGCUGCUGUAGCUGGACACCCUGAAAUAAAUGGCUGAAUUUGGGGUAGUUCUCUCAA